GGGAGUAUGGAGGUGCACUUGGUUUGAUUUGUGCCCACAGGUCUUGGGGAAAUUUGGUACUCUAGUACCAGAUGCAAAUACACUAAUUUGUUCAAACCACGGCACUUUGUCAGGGUUGUUUAUGGGUUGAAUGUGAAUGUUAAAUUCAAACUUCAUUAAAAAAAAUAUGGAAACGCUAAAAGUCUGACGUCAGAUUUUUAAGCAUGGCAAGUCGAACGUUUUAUGACAAAAAUAUGUUGUUGCGAGGAUAGCAAUUUUCUUUAGCGAGCAAGGCAAUUCCUUACAAAAAACUGAACAUGGCAAAGGAUUUGCCAUGUUUGCUAAAGGAAUUUGCCAUCCUCGCAACAACAUAAUUUGUCAUCUCGGACGUUUGAUUUGGCAUAUGCUUAAAAGUCUGACGUUCAAUUUGUAGUGAAAUCCAAAAGAUAAGAAAAGUUGAUGAUUAUUGACCAACUAGCAGUUUGUAUGUCCAAGCUGCAGCAUGGAAAGAUGAGAUGUGGAUGUUUACGUGCAUGGCAUCGCCUGCAGCUCUCUAGUUGGUCAAUUGGAGAACCCACCUAUCUAGCUCCUUGUUCUCUGGUCCAUGUUAUAUUAUUGCUUAAACAUGGUUGGCACAUGGAAGGUUAUAUUCUUGUAAGCGCUCUGGCUAUUUCCUACUAGUAUAGCUUCCUAGUAGUGACCAAACUGCAUGCAGUACUGCUGGUCCAGUCCAAUAUAUAUGAUGAUGCCAACAAGUCGUGAAUGAUGAACUGGAUGUACGUACAUCCAUGGGUCAUGGUGUAGGCGUACGUUCAACCUCAAAAGGCAUGUAGCUUCUCUCCAACCUAGUUAGUUGUACGUCCUAUUCCAGUUCUGAAAUGUAUGUCUUCAUGGGAUGAGUGGUCAAGCUUUUGGAAGUUUGACUGCUAAGAUCUGCCGAAUUGCAUCGAUAAAUCCUCUCUUUGAAAAUAAUAUUGCAUUGGGUGUGGCUAUGUCUCAGUCGACUGAGAUUUAACCAAGUCUUAGUCAAGUGACAUAGCAUGCGAGAGAAAAUGAAAAAACUAAGAAGAAAAUUUUGCACGAAUCUCAAUGUAAGAUCUCAUGGAUAUAGUAUCUACUGAGAGUUCGUUCGUUAAGUCUUAGUCGACUGAGACUUACAAGACUGUAUCGUGCAAAAUCCUUUUGUGCUACGCAAUUUUUGUUGCUUAUCAAAACGUACCGCAGCAGUCAGAGAUUGUAGCCAAGCCUUGCAUUUUGAGGACAUACAUGAAAAAGUCAGAAAGCGACCGACAUACAUUUCUAAAUACAGGGAAACAAGAGUACAUGUGCUUCAUCAAUUCAUUGCUCUUCUCAAAACAUGGAGUACCGCGCUGACAUGUAUGUAUGUACACAUAUAAAUCAGUAUCAGGUUUGAUGGACACAUGUACCCCAAAGAUGGCAGCGAGUGCAUGCAUGGAAACCCAUGGGCGUGCACUCACACGUACACAUAUGUGCAGUGACUUUGUUGGACAUGCUAGAAGUUUGUUAGUCUUGGCCUCUUGGGGGUACUUGUCUCCUCCUCUCGUUUUCACACCCACUGGUUAGCUGGAGACCGCAGAAAGCUACAGGCCAAAAUGCAAGUUAGGAGCCCAAGACUUUGGGCAGUACUUAACUUUAAUCACUAGCCUCUUAGCCGUGCCUCCUUUUUUCUCAAGGAAUUAUUGUCCCCUCUCCUCUCCUUGGCUAGUAGCACUAGCAGCUAGUGUUAGUGAUCGACCAGCACGGCAGCACGUACUGGUUAGUUUUCCUUUCCCCUUUUCCGAUCGACAGGAGCCGGCAGUACUGGCCGGUACUGUAAAGUUUUUGGGCGGUUAUAACUGCAUCUUUCACCCUCUCCAGAUCGAUCUAUCCAUCUAUCUAUCUCCCCUUUGCAGAUGUAAUGUAUAUAGGGUCUGUCUAGGUGUCACAUCUAAGUUGAUGUCCACUCUGUUUGUGGUCUUUUUUUUGUCCUAGUUUUUUUUUGUUUCUUGUUGCUGUAUUAUAUACUUGUGGGAGAUUAGAUGUGACAUCCUUAAAAAACAUCUAGAUGUGAAUUAGACAAACUGAUGUAUAUAUGCUUCCUUCCAAGGGCCAGCCACCCGCAUAAAUAUGAGUGAGAUCAUCCCUUGCUAUAUCGUCUCAUACACGCCAGCUUAAAUUCCCAUAUGCAUCUUGACAAACCUUUCUAGAUAGAUAGGCAGAUAGAACUGAGCCGUGACCUCACCAUUAAUUUGGCCCCUCUCUCUUUCUCCACACUACUGAUCACUGCGAUAUCACCACUGACCAGAUGGAGGCAGCGGCACCAAGGUCCUUGUCAACUAGCUACUAGAUCGUCCGAGGCACGGCCGGUCGUCCGUUGAUCUAUCUCCCAUGGAGGCGAGCAAGGGAGGCGAUGGGAGCUCGGGCGCCUCGCCGAGCAACGAUGACAGCACGGUGGAGGAGGAGGGAGCGAGCCGUCAAGAGCAGGAGGACGCCUGCAGGGGGAACUCUUUGUCGUCCUCGUCGGUGCGCCCCUACGUCCGCUCCAAGAACCCGCGCCUCCGCUGGACGCCGGAGCUCCACCACUGCUUCGUCCGCGCCAUUCACAGGCUCGGCGGCCAAGACCGUGCAACUCCGAAGCUCGUUCUUCAGUUGAUGAACGUCAGAGGGCUUAGCAUAGGCCAUGUCAAGAGCCACCUCCAGAUGUAUAGGAGUAAGAAGAUUGAUGACUCAGGCCAGGUCAUAGGUCAUCUCCCCUUGCCCCAUGCCUUCCAUCAUCGCCAGAGUGGCGCCGGCACCAUGUUGUCAAGGUUUGGUGCUGCUGCAUGGCCUCCAUGGAGAAGCUUCCAUGAACCAUAUUGGGCCCAUGGUCGCCCCUUUCUUGGAUCCAAGACCUACAACUCUUUGGAAGCUGAAGCCGAGGCGGCUUUCCUUCGGUCCCGAGCUCAACAUGUAGCUCGGGCUGCAUCUAGCAAUCCGGGAUUGAUGAUGCAGUCAGGCUGUCCAUCUCGGAACGAUCAUCAUACCAUGAACCACCAGCCUAAACGACUGCUGCAACUGACAGUGCGCAAUGACGACGAUACCCAUGUUCUUCUUGAUCUUGAUCUCGGUCUCUCGCUCGGUCUCCCCGUGCCGAUGAGGGAGGCGAAGCGGAGGAGAUCGGGCUGCGGCUGGGUGAAAGAAGGCCCUGAUGAGAAAGGAGCCGAUGAAGAACAAGUGGAUGAGACCAGCACUGCCACUAUGCUAUCUCUGUCCUUGUUCUCUCCUAGGGAUGCUCCUAGGAAGAUGAGUAGUACUAGUGCUAGUGAUCAUGCAGUAGAUGAGCAUGCUACAAGGAGGGCAAGUACUCUUGAUCUCACCAUAUGAUCUACACAAUGUGGUGAUAUCUCGUGGUACUUGUCCAUACAUACAUAUGUUAUAUAUUAUGUAGAGCGAACAUAUAUACCUAUGUUUUACCAUACAUAUUAUGUUAUCUUCUAAUUAAUGUUUGUUGGUUUAUAGGUGCAUCUAAAUUAAUGAAGAUAUGUCCUCAGGAAAAAAGUCGUAUGUUA